AUGACUGAUGAAAAUGAGGAAGAUAAACCUGGAACAGGUGAAAACUCGUGGAGUAUCAUAAAAGGAAAUGUAGAAAAACAACAACCAAAAAAUUUAGCAGAAUUAGAACAAUUUAAGAUGGAAGAAUGGAAUGAUAUUCUAAAU